AUGUUGGCGCAAGAUAAGGUCACUGCCUUCAGCGACUCAGUUACUUACCUUGCCAAGCCAUUAAAUGACUUCAGGAUUAUCAUUUUUCACGGUGUGAGGAAGAUGCCAACUAUAAGCCUGGAGCCCGUAGGUCGCAGCUGCUGGGACGAGCCACUGAGCAUCUCCGUGCGCGACCUGGCCCCCGAGCAGCCCGUCACGCUGCGCACCGCCCUGCGAGACGAGACAGGCAAGCUGUUCCGCGCCCACGCGCGCUACCGCGCCGACCCCCACGGCGAACUGGACCUGGCGCGCGCGCCCGCGCUGGGCGGCAGCUUCGCGGGGCUCGAGCCCAUGGGGCUGCUCUGGGCCAUGGAGCCCGAUCGGCCUUUCUGGCGCCUGAUCAAGCGCGACGUGCAGACGCCCUUCGUGCUGGAGCUGGAGGUGCUGGACGGCCACGAGCCCGACGGCGGGCGGCAGCUGGCGCGGGCGGUGCACGAGCGUCACUUCAUGGCUCCCGGGGUGCGGCGCGUGCCCGUGCGCGAGGGCCGUGUGCGCGCCACGCUCUUCCUGCCUCCAGGAAAUGGACCCUUUCCUGGGAUCAUAGACCUUUUCGGAGUUGAAGGUGGCCUUCUGGAGUAUCGAGCAAGUCUGCUGGCUGGGAAGGGCUUUGCUGUCAUGGCUCUGGCUUAUUAUAAGUACGAUGACCUCCCCAAGAGCAUACGCACUAUCCACCUGGAGUACUUUGAGGAAGCCGUGAACUAUCUGCUCAGUCACCCUCAGGUAAAAGGUCCAGGAAUUGGGCUGCUUGGGAUUUCCAAAGGGGGUGAACUUGGCCUUGCUAUGGCCUCCUUCCUGAAGGGCAUCAAGGCUGCUGUCUUCAUCAAUGGCUCUGUGGCCGCUGUUGGGAACACCAUAUACUACAAGGAUGAGACUAUCCCUCCUUUGACUCUUCUGAGAGAUCGAGUCAAAGUGUCCAAAGAUGGCCUCUUGGAUAUUGUGGAAGGGCUUCAAAGCCCUUUGGUAGAGACGAAGAGCUUGAUCCCUGUGGAAAGGUCUGACGCCACCUUCCUGUUCCUUGUGGGUCAGGAUGACCACAACUGGAAGAGUGAGUUCUAUGCCAAUGAGAUCUCCAAACGCUUACAGGCCCAUGGGAAGGAGAAGCCCCAGAUCAUCUUAUACCCAGAAGCGGGGCACUAUAUUGAGCCCCCUUACUUCCCCCUGUACAAGGCUGGCAUGCACGUCGUAGUGGGUUCUAAUACCAUCUUCGGAGGGGAGUCUAAGCCUCAUGCCAUGGCCCAGGUGGAUGCGUGGCAGCAACUCCAGACUUUCUUCCACAAACACUUGGGUGCUGAAGAGAGGACGAUCCCAGCAAAACUGUGA